GAUCUGAAGCUCUAAAUUUCAAGCUAGCAUCAUCAGUCCAUGAUCGCUUCCCCUCCCUCCGAAGCUUUCUACACUAUAGCCACAGCAAUCAUGUCAAACGCCAUAUUACCCACGAGUAGGAAAAUGCUCUCUACUAUCUCGAAGACGGGUGCAAAGAAUGCGAAAACAUUCGGGCUUCAAUGUCAACGAUUAUCUACGAUUUGCGCCUCGAGAAUUCCGAGGGGUGUACAGAAUAAAGCUUGUUUGAGCGGAUUGAAUGGAUUCAAUGGGUCUGCGAGUGCGGGGGUGAAGACUGUGGGAUUGGGUGAGGGGAGUGCGGGGAGGAGGGGCUAUAAGACGGUGCAGGAACAGAGGUCAAGAUAUAAGUCUGGGCCUUUUUCAUGGACAGCGGGAGUCCUCUUUCUUGGAGCAGGCGCGGGGCUGAUCUUCUAUUUUCGAUAUGAGAAAGCGAGGAUGGAGAGGAAGAGGAUAGCGGAGGCUGCAAAAGGUGUUGGGAGACCAAAGGUUGGCGGACCGUUUGAGUUGCUCGAUCACAAGGGAGGCAAAUUCAGCAGUGAGGACAUGAAGGGAAAAUAUAGUUUGGUCUACUUCGGCUUUACUCACUGUCCGGAUAUCUGCCCGGAAGAACUCGACAAAAUGGCUCAAAUGAUCGAUCUCAUCAACAAUUCUCCCACGCGUACCUCCUCUACCCCAGCUCUCCUCCCUAUCUUCAUCACUUGCGACCCCGCACGCGAUACGCCAGCCGUGCUCGCCACCUACCUUGCGGAAUUUCAUCCUAGCAUUAUCGGGCUCACGGGCACGUGGGAACAAAUUAAGGAUAUCUGUAAGAAAUAUCGCGUUUACUUUUCUACGCCCGAGGGCGUGCAGAAGGGACAGGAUUAUUUGGUCGAUCAUAGUAUUUAUUUCUAUUUGAUGGAUCCCGAGGGUGAUUUUGUCGAGGCGAUUGGCAGACAGCAUAGUCCGGAGCAGGCGGCGAGGAUUAUUCAGGAACAUGUAGGUGAUUGGAAGAGGUGAGGUGAAGUGGUUGGUUGUAUGAGUUAUGUAGGUAUGAUGGAUCUGCGAUGGGCAAUUUAUGGCGUGCCGGAUGUGGGGAAGGGGAAUGAAUUGUGUCACUAUUAGAUGGGGGGCUUUAGAUGCCGUGUAUAUGAAUAUUUAUUCGCAAGUGUAGGAAUACUGAAAAGGCGCACGCAGCUCUAUAUUUGUAUAUGAUUUGAUUUGAUAUGAUAUCUUUACUGGAGGAUAAGGGGUAGUGGUUUGUAUAUUUUCCUGAGGCAUCUUUAAUGGCAAGUCGCUGUGAUGUACUUGGAUUAUCUGGGGUGUAUGGUCAUGUGUUUGUGUUUAUCGGUGUGCGUGCAUGUGGGUUUUUCGGCUUGUGUUUGUUGUGUUUGUAUUACUUUGUAGUGAGAUUCUUAGGGUGGGUGAGAAUGGAAUGGAGAGGGGAGGAGAUGGGAAAGUUAUGGAGAAAUAGGGUAAGAGGCGGCUUGGGA